AUGCGUGACCACAGGAGUGACCACAGCACUGACCACCGGAGUGGCCACCGGAGUGACCGCACUGACCACAGCACUGACCAUCGGAGUGACCGCACUGACCACUGGAGUGACCACACUGACCACCGGAGUGACCACAGUGACCACCGGAGUGACCACAGUGACCACCGGAGUGACCACGGCACUGACCACGGCUCCAGGCAGAGCUUCGAGCAGAGCACCGCGCUGGACAGGCACAGGAGUGACCACAGUGACCACAGGAGUGACCACAGUGACCACAGCACUGACCACAGCUCUGACCACGGCUCCGGACGCAGCAGCGGUCAGCGGCGCUGCUCAGGACAGACGGACAGCGGCCACGGUCAGCGGGACCAGGACAGCGGUCAGCGGGGCGGCUCCGGACAGCCAGGCCACGGCAGCGGUCAGCGGGGCGGCUCCGGACAGCUGGACAUCGAUGGGAACGGCCAGAGGGUCAGCCUUGGUAUCGGUCAGCGGGGCCAGGACCGUGGCAGUGGUCAGCGGGGCAGGGCCGGACAGAGCAGUGACCACAGCAGUGGUCAGCGGGGCAGGGCUGGACAGAGCAGUGACCACAGCAGCGGUCAGCGGGGCAGGGCCGGACAGAGCAGUGACCACAGCAGUGGUCAGCGGGGCAGGGCCGGACAGAGCAGUGACCACAGCAGCGGUCAGCGGGGCAGGGCCGGACAGAGCAGUGACCACAGCAGUGGUCAGCGGGUGCUUUGCAGUGGUCAGCGGGGCAGGGCUGGACAGAGGGGCCUCAGAGGGAGUGGCCGAAGAGGCAGCAGCGGUCAGCGGGGUGGCCCCGGACACAGCAGUGACCACAGCAGCGGUCAGCGGGGCAGCUCCGGACAGAUGGACACUGACAGCGAUGACCAACAGCCCACGGCCAGCAGCAGCCGGCAGCGUGGCAGCGAUGACCACCCAGAUGACCACACAGAUGACCACACAGAUGACCACCCAGAUGACCACCCCAACUCCCACCCCCCCUCCGCUGACCACUGCCCACUGACCUGUCCGGACUGCGGCCAAAGCUCCCACCUGCAGCAGCGUCACCGCCGUGCCCACGCCACGCUGACCGCAACCUGUGGUCACUCUCACGCCACGCUGACCACAAGCUGUGGUCACUCUCACGCCACGCUGACCGGUACCAGUGGUCACUCCCACACCACAGUGACCGCUACCUGUGCUACCGCACUGACCAACACCUGUGGUCACUCUCACACCACACUGACCGCUACCUGCGGCACCGCACUGACCGCUCCCUGCGGUCACUCUCACACCACAGUGACCAACACCAGUGGUCACUCUCACACUGGACUGACCGCUCCCUGUGGCAACGCACUGACCGGCACCAGUGGUCACUCUCACACCGCACUGACCGCUACCUGUGGUCACUCUCACACCGCACUGACCGGUACCUGCGGCACCGCACUGACCGCUCCCUGUGGUCACUCUCACACCACAGUGACCAACACCUGUGGUACCACAGUGACCAACUCCAGCGGUCACUCUCACACUGGACUGACCGCUCCCUGUGGCACCGCACUGACCAACUCCUGCGGUCACUCCAACACCGCACUGACCGCUACCUGCGGUCACUCUCGCACCACAGUGACCACUACCUGUGCUACUGCACUGACCGGCACCAGUGGUCACUCUCACACCACAGUGACCAACACCUGUGGCACCGCACUGACCAACUCCAGCGGUCACUCCAACACCGCACUGACCAACUCCAGCGGUCACUCCUCACUGACCGCUCCCUGCGGUCACUCUCACACCACACUGACCGCUCCCUGCGGUCACUCUCCGGCCGCCCCUCGCCCCCAGGACAGCAGGAGAAGCCCCCGGGGUCGCCGCCGCGGCGCCCGGACCCCCGGAGCCUCCCCGGGCGCCCCCAACACGUGCGGCGAGUGCCGGCAGAGCUUCGGCCAGAGCUCGGACCUGGUCAAGCACCUGCGCGUGCACACGGGCGAGCGGCCGUACGCCUGCGGCCACUGCGGCAAGCGCUUCAACGUCAGCUCCAACCUGAGCCGGCACCGGCGCAUCCACACCGGCGAGCGGCCCUACGGCUGCGCCGACUGCGGCAAGAGCUUCACCGACCGCUCCACGCUGAGCCAGCACCGGCGCAGCCACACCGGCGAGCGGCCCUACGGCUGCGGGCUCUGCGGCAAGAGCUUCGGCCGCAGCUCGCACCGCCGGCGGCACCAGCGCACGCACGGCCGCGACGGCGCCGCGGCAAACGUCUGGUGCUACCCCGGGCAGGCUUCUUGA